AUGAUGUCGGUCGGGCUGGGCCUCGGGUUACCAUACGACUCUACCGGCGGUCCGAUGGGGUUGCCGGAGCUCAUGAUGGGCCAGUCAUCACUGUUCAGCGCCAAGCCGGCCACGCUGGACUUUCUAGGGCUCAGGAUGAGCCCCAUCGGUGCAACGACGAGCAGGGGCCUCCCCGUGUUGAUGCAGCCCAUGGGCGGCGUGGUCGGCAUGGCCCGGACCGGCAGCGGCGCGGCGGAGACGUUCGGCUCCGGCCCGAGCGCUCAUGCCAAGCCCUGGGAGAGGAACCCGAGCAGCUCGCCGAUCUUGUGA